GUUUUAAGAGAAAAUAUUGUGAAAUGGCGGAUGCACUUGUUUCAGCGACUUAUCAGUACCAUCUUGAGCAACUUGGACUCCUUGUUCCGUAAGGAGCUCGCCCUUUCUGGCAGCCUCAUAACCGAGCUCGAGAGUCUGCAGAGUACUCUCACGACAAUCCAAGCGGUGCUCCAUGAUGCCGAGGAGAAGCAGUGGAAGAGUGAAGCUAUCAGGAAUUGGCUCGCAAAGCUCGAACAAUCAGCCUACGAUCUCGAAGAUCUGCUCGGUGGUUUCGAAACAGAAGUUCGGGGCCUUGGAAACAAGGUAUCCACGUUCAAUACCCUUAAGAACCCACUUUUGUUUCACUUAUCUAUGGCACAUAGAUUUAAGACUGCAAGAGAGGAAUUGGAUGCCAUUGCCGGGGAGAAAAGCAAGUUCCACUUGCGAGUGUGUGGGGGAAACUGAAUUUGAACGGAAUGAGGAUAGGGAAACCAGCUCCCCUGUGAAAGAAUGGGAAGUAUUUGGCCGAGCAGAUGAUAAGGGAAAGAUCGUUAGUAUGAUAUUUAACGACGCGAAUCAUCAUGAUGGCCUCUACGUUUAUGCAAUAUGCGGUAUGGGAGGUCUUGGAAAGAUAACGAUUGCUCAAUUGGUCUGCAACGAUGAGAACGUGGCCAAAGCCUUUGAUUUGAGGAUUUGGGUGUGUGUAUCGUAUGAUUUCGAUGUAAAAAGGUUGACUAAAGCCAUUGUGGAAUCCAUUGAAGGGGGAUCAUGCGACAUCCUAGAGCUAGAUCCCCUGCAGCUAUGCUUAGUCGAGAAGCUUGCCAGGAGGAGGUUUUUACUUGUUCUUGACUAUGUGUGGAACGAGUACCAUGACAAGUGGGAUAGACUUCAUGAAGCGCUGCGAUACGGAGGGUGAGGAAGUGCAGUCAUUGUCACAACUCGACUUGAGAAAGU